AUCUAUGGAGAUGAGAAGCAAGUUUACACUAGGAACUUUCCUCCUCCUUUCUUCACUUGUUUCAUUAUCUUAUUCAUACUCCACCGACGAAGAUUCUUCGCAACUUAUGUCCAGACGCUUACUUAACCAAGCUUCUGACAUGUCAAUUCAACAGUAUCUAAUACCUCACAACAUUAUAAGAGAAGAGCGGCGGUUGCCUCCUCUCAAAUGGAGCAAAAAGCUGGCAAAAUUUGCUUCCUGGUGGGCACAUAAGAGGCAAGCAGAUUGUGCUUUGAUCCAUUCCAAUAGCGAUUACGGGGAGAAUCUCUUCUGGGGCAGCGGCAAGGAUUGGAAACCAGGCGAUGCAGUGGCCGCGUGGGCGGAGGAGAAAGACUACUACGACCAUAAAAAGAAUACAUGCACCAAAAAUAAAGACUGCUUACAUUAUACUCAAAUGAUUUGGAAGGAUAGCUUGAAGAUUGGAUGCGCCAAAGUUGUGUGCAGAAGCGGAGAUACGUUGAUCGGUUGUAACUAUGAUCCCCAUGGUAAUGUGAUAGGCCAAAAGCCAUUUUGAUUUGAAAUUUGUGCAAAGUGUGGCAGUGGUACAUAGUAUGAAGGUGUUAAAUCGUUCUUAAUUGCUUUCACAGUUAAUAUUCAGAUGCUGUUCCAUUUCCAACUGUUUUCGGUAUAUAAACUAGUAUUUAACCCAAUAUGGUUGGCUUUGAUGAUGGUAGAGUGGACCAAGAAAGACAGAGGUGUAUCACUCGUUUCGAAUAGGGUUUACUCCUAAUUUUUGUUGCCUCUAA